AUGCAUGACUAUUCGGACGACGACUCUGUCAUCAAGAUGGAAAGCGACUCGGACGAUGCUUCAUCAAGCGGCCCAGUCGCCGUCUUACGAAGCCUGCAGCUUGAAAGCGAAAACCGAGACUCUCCCAAUAGCUCCAUGACCUCGGGUUCCGUCACCUCUUCGGCCGCAGAACAAAAGACGAAAAUCAUCCUCAAGAUGGACGUCAAAUCUGAAAAUUCGAACAAUGUAAGCCCGUACAUGUUCUUGAAGGCCUCGACGACCUGCCGACCCAAAUCGUCCAUUCCCCCGAGGCUAUCCCCGUCCGAGUAUGCCAGUCAGUGUGUGGCUGCGGCAGAAGCCUCAAGGCUCGACCCGUAUGCCUUGCACGAAGACGAGCACAAGUUGUUACAAGACAAGUUGUGCUACUCCCACGUCACGGUAUAUCUGAAUAUACGAAAUGGCAUUCUCAGGUUGUGGUCUCGAAAUCCAAGUGUAAGCGUCAACCUCGAUGAAGCGAUCGGUUGUGCAAGAGAUGAGCGAUGGACCCGCCUUGCUUGCUUUGCAUAUGAAUGGCUUGUGCGACGAGGCUACAUCAACUUCGGAUGCGUGGAGCCACCCUUCGUCAGCCGAAGUGUUGGCCGUGGCCGCAAAAAGGAAGCAGCCCGAGAGACCGUUGUAGUCAUUGGAGGUGGCAUGGCAGGCCUCAGUACCGCACGGCAGCUCACCAACCUGUUUCGGCACUAUCCCGAUCGUGCUCUUCCGAGGAUCAUUGUACUUGAAGGCCGUGACAGAAUAGGUGGGCGAAUCUACUCACAUCCACUUACCAGCAUGCGAUCUUCCAGGCUCCCUCCUCAUCAAAGACCCACAGCCGAAAUGGGUGCCCACAUCAUUGUCGGUUUCGAACGCGGCAAUCCUCUCGAUGCGAUUGUGCGUGGACAGCUUGCUCUCGAGUACCACCUCCUGCGAGACCUUUCUACCCUCUACGACAUCGAUGGCACACCCGUCAACGGCGUAAACGAUGCAAUGAUUGAAAGAUUAUACAAUGACAUCCUCGAGCGUACUGGUCAUUACCGACUCAAGCACACCGUCAAGAGAACUGCACCAGGUGACAAAGAUUUGAUUGAAGCGGGACGUGAUCCUCCAGACGAGGACGGAAUCACCAUCAAACAGUUUGAAGAAGCUACUGCUCUGGGCACGAUCGACCAGCUUUUGCCAAAUAAGAAGUCAAAACGACGUGGCGCAGGCCACCGUGCUGCGAAGGGAGACAAAUCCUCUGAGGAAGUGGAUACCAGUAUGGAGACCAAAAUGCAACUUCCUGCGGCGCAAGCAGCCAAGGAGUUUGGUUUUCUGUUACGAAAAACAACUCAGAUGCAUGAGACGCUAGAGCUCGACGGUCUUGCAUCACAGCUCAAUCAAUCACUUGGCGCUGUUAUGAAUUCUGGGGUUGAUCAGUAUCAGAAGUUCCUUGACCUCAAGCCAUAUGCUCUUCGGCUGAUCAAUUGGCAUUUCGCCAAUCUUGAAUACGCAAAUGCGGCCAAUGUCGACAAGUUGAGCCUCCGGGGGUGGGACCAGGACAUUGGCAACGAGUUCGAAGGAGAACAUGCCCAAGUUGUCGGUGGCUACCAGCAGGUCCCGCGCGCGUUGUGGCGUCAUCCAGAGCCCCUCGAUGUUCGAACACGAAAGCCUGUCAAAAGCAUCCGAUACAGCGCCGUGGGCUCCCAAGCGAAAGCGACCGUCACCUGUGAGGAUGGCCAGUCAAUUGAAGCAGACAAAAUUGUGUUUGCUGCUCCACUUGGAGUACUGAAAGAACAAACAAUUCAAUUUGAUCCACCUUUACCUCAAUGGAAGCGCGACGCCAUUAGGAGGAUGGGAUUUGGCUUGCUCAACAAAGUGAUCCUUGUGUUCGAGAAACCCUUCUGGGAUAUCGGCAGAGACAUGUUCGGUCUCCUGCGCGCCCCUCGCAACGGCCAGGGUCUCCACCAGAGCGACUACAAAGAAGGCCGUGGUCAGUUCUAUUUGUUCUGGAACUGCAUUGACACAACUGGGCUUCCGGUCCUGAUUGCUUUGAUGGCCGGCGAGGCGGCGCAUGAAGCCGAAAGGCUCAGCGACGAGAUCCUCGUUGGGCAGUGUCUGGAGCAGUUGAGCAAUGUCUUUGGCGCCAAAAAUGUUCCAUUACCACUGGAGUCAAUUGUGACUCGUUGGGGGUCGGAUCGUUUUGCUCGAGGGACAUAUUCUUACGUCGCGGCCGAAGCAAGGCCCGGUGACUAUGACCUCAUUGCAGCACCGAUACAGAAUCUUUUCUUCGCUGGCGAAGCCACAAUCGCAAGUCAUCCGGCAACCGUUCACGGUGCAUAUCUGUCCGGUCUUCGCGCAGCUCACGAGGUCUUCGAAUCCAUCGUGGGGCCAAUCGCGAUCCCACCGUCGCUCGUGCCCGCCGCCAGCGCAAAGAAGUCAUCCGCUCCGGUUGAAUUGAAACUCAUGGAAACUCACAUGGCACAAACUGGCAAAAGGAAAGGUGACGAACUGCUCCCCGCAGGCACUUUUACGAGGCCUGUAAAAGAGAAAGAUAAUGCUCUGCAUGAAGCAUGGGACGCAGCGAUGUGGGUCCGGAUUUAUGACGAUCUAGGACCUCCACCAGUCAAACCACAAAAGGCCAAUGUAAACUCUUUCCUCCUCUACUCUGGAGAACACUGGGAAGAAGUUAAGGCCCGCCUUGCAGAAGAACGAAAGAAGAGUGGCAGGAAAACGAAACAAUCCGAGCGCGAUCAAGUACGAGUUGAGCUUGGGAAGAUGUGGUCCGCACUCUCCGAGGAAGAGAAGAAGCCAUACACGGACCGCACCAACAAGAAUCGCGAAGAAAACGAAAGGGCCUUGAAGGAAUGGUCUGUCAAGGCUGCGGAAUGGGAUCGGCGCACCUGGGAAGUUAAAGACGUGUGGAUCAAGGAAGGAAAUAGUUUUGAAGAGUUUUGCAAGCGGAAACGGGAGGAUGAAGCCGCCAUGGACGCCGAGGCCGCAAAACGAGCAAAGGUCUAA